AAUAACGAUUCGCAUAAUCCUGAACUAUGCUUCGUAGUUGGUUGACUUUGCUGCGGUUUUUUGAAAGAUUGGCAGUGGUGCUUGUUUUAAAAAAUUAAUAAGAAAUAUUGUGGUCUCCGAAUUAUUGCUCAAACAAUCGGAUUAAUUACUAAGCACGAGCUCAUUUCGUGCGAUGAAUCUCAGGCAUGGGAUCAAAGCGACUUUCCUACUGGCUUUAAUGGCCACAGACUUGCAAGGCGCUAUCGGAUUCCUAAAUGUGACCAUGACAUGGCAGCCAUCUAAUACAUUGAUAAAAGACUUCGCUGAUUUACUGAGCGGAUUUGCUGGGUCGCUCAGAGGUGCGAGGUCAGCAUCACCUGAAGUGAAAACGUGUACAGCUGACGUCUGCAUUCGCAAAGCUGCCCAAAUGAAACUCUACAUGAACGAGUCAGCGAAUCCCUGCGAUGACUUCUACGAAUUUGCGUGCGGUAACUUCGAACGAGAACUUGCAAUACCGUACGGCUCCUCCGUUUACACUUUAAGGGACGUCGCUGACAACAAAUUAAAUCGUGAUAAGAUGAACGUUUUCGAGCUGCUUUGCAAUUUCCAAUACGAUGACUAUGGUCCACCAGCAAGCCGGAGACCCGAACCAACAUUUUACACUAAGAUGAGGAACUGUUUCAAUUCAUGCCGCGACGAGAGGAAGAUCAACGAACAAGGAGUGGGCCCCGCGAUGGAGUUGAUCGCCAGAUUGAAGGGUUGGCCAGUUCUAGGCAACCACUCGGUGAUAUCGAUUCCAGAUAUUUUCAAGGCUAUGAGUGCAGCAGGACUCUCCACACAAAACUUGGUUUUUUUGACACUGAAUCGAGUGGAGGGGAAUGUAAAGCAGACUGUAUUACGUUUGCAAAAUCCAUGGUGCUUUGGUGACGACCAAGACAAAGUGCAGAAGCAUAUGGCGAGGCAUAUGCAGGCGUGCUCUCACAAUGGAACGGCUCCGAUUCCUUUGGCAUUUGCAGUUGAAUUUGCAGUCUACUUUGGCGCCAAUAGAACUGAUGCAGAGAUUCAAAUGAGUGACGUUGUCAGAUUUGAAUGUGCGUUAUUCCGCAUAGCCAGACUCGAUGGUUGCAAGAAGCCGCCGACAACCAAGUACGUGGUGCAUUAUCGGAACCUUGGUCUUGACAUUUUCCCACUUGAGGCCCUCUUCCCCCCACAUUUAAAUCUGGCGCCUGAUGAGCCGAUUUUGAAUACACUUCCCGAAUAUACGAGAAGCCUAAAACAUAUCAUGAGCGAAGUUGAUAAAAGAACUUUCCACAAUUAUAUGGUGUACCGUUCGUUGAGAUCUUUAUUACUAUAUUUGCCUGAAGGAGCCAGGAGUCUAUUGAAAAUUGUGGAACCCCAUUAUAAUAUAGCUAAACGAAUUCAGUUUUGCGCAGAAAAGACUGGUGAAAUAUUUUUGGGAGGUCUCAACCAUAUCUAUUACAAAAUGCAGACAUCGGCCCGACUAAAAGAAGAAGCUGAUGAUAUGGCUGAUUACAUCAGGAGAGCAUUGCACGCGACUAUCAUGAAGAGUCCGUGGCUGGAUGAAAAAACCAAGUCAAAGGCAGCAGCGAAAGUUGAUUCCCUGAAUGCAAUGCUCAUUUACCAGAAGGAGUUUCUGGAUGAGAGCCUAAUCGAUUCUCUGUAUGAUGAGCCGUAUUAUGAUUGGGACGUGGACAAUUUUCUUUUAUCCUACGUGCGCUACCAAGGUUCACGCGAACGCUUAUUCUCCCGUUACAAUCAAACUUACGAUAGAUUUCAUUGGGAAAAUAAGAUAUUUCCCAUCAUUCCAAAUGCCCAUUACAGAUCUGCCACUAACACAUUCGCCAUAUAUCCACCGAUGGCUUUAUAUCCAUACAGCGACCCUGAUCUCCCUAAGUAUGUGAAUUAUGGUUCUCUUGGGAUGCUCAUUGGACAUGAAAUGGGGCAUGCAUUUAGCCUGAAAGGCAGAUUUCAUGACGAAGAAGGAAACAAGAGAGAUUGGUGGACGCAACAAAGUCUGGCAAAUUACAAACAGAUCACCGAGUGCUUAGUGAGACAGUAUAGUAACUACAGCUACCAAGGACUGCAGAUGAGCGGAAAGGCAUCGCUGAACGAGAACAUCGCAGAUAAUAUAGGGGUGAAAGUUUCGUACGACGGACUGCAUGCAUGGAGCGAGGGGCGUCCACUGGAGCCGAGCUUACCUGGCUUCGAGAAAUACACGCCCAAGCAGAUGUUCUGGAUCUCGUUCGGGAAUAUGUGGUGCAGUCGGUACACCCGCCUCGGCGCCUCACAAACUGGCGGGCACUCUGUCAACCCGCUCCGCGUCAAUGGACCUAUCUCCAACCUCCACAGCUUCUCCCAGGAUUUCGACUGUCCCCUAGGAUCCAAAAUGAACCCUGUCUCCAAGUGUGCAGGAUAUUAAGCUUUCUCUCCCAUUUUGACCUUUAAAUUGCUGGACAGGUUAUAAAGUUCAUUGGAUUUCGUCGGAGACACAGGAUGGGACGUUACCUAACUUUUUGCGCUCCACACCUACCGGUUUAGGACUGAGACGCAGACGGGGCAUUGCUGCGGUCUGUUGGCAGGUGUGGGAUCCAAAAAAGUUCAGUAACACCAACAAGUGACCCACCUGUCUUGUGUCUUUGACGCAAACCGUUUUCCCGUGUUUAGAACCCUCAAUAUAUGUUUCUUCACUAAAAUUUUCACUCGUAAGUGAGUGAAUCGCUUUUUGAAUACAUCAAUUUAAAACUCCUGCUCCUGCUCACAUGAAACUCGAGUCAAAGUGAGCACUAAAGUGACUGCUGUGCAUAUUUUAAUGUUUGUUGUCAGCAAUAUGCUGCACUAUGGGAAAACACCGUAUGAGCCUUCAGGCGUUGCCAAAUGUUCUGCGAAAAACAAUUAAUUUCCAAGAAAAUGUGUGAAAAUUCCCCCUCCAAUUUUUUCGGAAGAUAUUGUUCGAAACUUGAUCACGAGAGUCUGACAAAUUCAAGCAAAAAUAUUCGUAAUUUUUUUUCAAAAAUAAAUAUUUUCUGAGAGGAAAUUUGGCAAAAUUCGAAUGCUGAUACGGUAUUUUUUCUCAACAACGCGUCAAGGACGGAGGCAAGCAGGUUUGCUCAGAGAAACAGAGAGAAAGAGAGACCUGAGGAAUCCUCCCCGAAAUAAUUAAACAGUCUCGCCAAAUAUUUUCCACGUGUGAAUUCAAUAAUUUUCAAACGUUUGUUUCCUCCUUAUCUCUCUAUGUUGCAAAAAUAAAUCGAUGGUUAGUUGCAUAUGUUGCAAUCAACUUGAUUAAAUCAAUUAAAUUGUUAAAAUAAUAGACAUUUUUCAUGCA